UUUAUAUUUCCUUGCUUUUUUCAGGAAAGUAUUAUUACAUUAUUUACAUUGAAAUUGAACAUUGCCGUACUAGAUACAAAACUGUACAUAUUAUAUAAACCUACAUGGACUAUUUAUAACACUCAGUAAUCAUUUAUAAUUUAUUUUCAGACUUGACAUUGAUCCAUUAAGCCAAUUUGCAGUUGUAUUGUUAAGAUUGUGUGAACAACUAUAGCAAAAGGACACAACCCAUAAUACUACAUAUACUUGUAACUGGUUGGGGCUCCCAAAGGGAUACCUGACAAGGUGGCCUAUAAAAUGUGACUAAAUGCAACUUUGGAUUUUUUUAAAAUAAAUGAAUAUGCUUGCAAGUUACAAAUUUGGAAAUUGAUCUCGCCGACAAGUAUCUUGAAAAGUGAUGAAAAAUGACAUAAUGCACACAAAGGUGACUUUUUCUAACCAGUAACAACUUUUAACAACAAUUGAACAUAACAGACCAUUCCUUCCAUUUUAUGCUUUGAAUUCACUAAAAAAUAAAUAAAAUAGACAAAAUAUGACCAGCAAAUGAAAAAUGUGGCAAGUGAAAAUUUUGAAAUUUUAAAAAUGAAUAAAGUGAUCCUACUACCCCCUCUUGGGGAGCCCUCUGUGUUAUGGCAUGUGACAUGGCCGUCAAGUAGAUGAUUAGAGUUCACAGUGUUAAAGCCAGCCAGUUAGCUAUUUAUAUAUAGCAUGUAUAGUGGUCAAAGAUAUAUGCAGUAUUUAACACAGACCAGCAAUGAACAAGCCUACAAUUACAUUAACUGGACUCCUUGCUAUCAGCAUUAUAAUAUUCAUAGUGAUCAGAAUACCACUGAUUUCACGAACUGGCCAUUCCCAUAGAAUAUCAAGGGGUGGUCCCGACACGAGAAAUUGGCCAGACAGGAUUUUAUAUCAAGAGUUAAAAAGGACAACAGAACCUGAUCUAGGAUUACAAAUACUCAGGUCUUUGCUCAAGAAAUGGCCAAGCAACAAACCUAAGGCAUUUAUUUAUUUACUAAUGAACGGCACGCCAGAAGGAAUAAGACGACUUUUUUCAGGUCUUAAAUCUGUAGAUAAAAACUACAACGAUGAAUUCAAGUAUCCAAUAGUAAUUUUUCACGAACCUGGUGUAACGCACUCGCAAAAAAUAUUAAUCCAAAAUGCAUCGAAAUCGUUAAUUGUUUUCCAAAUGGUGGAGUUUAAAAUUCCAGAGUUUUUGGAAAAAGAAGUACCAAAGAGGGCAUGCAGUAAAAAUGUAGGAUAUAGACAUAUGUGCCGUUUUCACGCAAAGAUUGUCACAAAACAUCCACUAAUGGAAUUGUUUGAUUAUUAUAUGAGACUCGACGAUGAUUCACAAUUUAAUGGGAAUAUAAAGUAUGAUUUAUUUAAAGAAAUGAGCGAUAAUUCAUAUAUAUACGGCUACCUGGGAAUCACCAAUGAUUCACCAGAGUGUGUGAUUGGUCUAUGGGACGCCGUUCGAAAACACAUAUCGAGGACGUCAUUAUCAUUAACCUGGCCAGAGCCAAUGAUGUACUAUAACAAUUUUGAAGUCGCAAGUACGAAAUUGUGGCUUAAAAAAGAAUAUCAAGACUAUAUUGAAUACAUCGACAAACUAGGCGGGAUUUAUUAUUAUCGUUGGGGUGAUGCACCGAUCAAAUCUCUCGCUGUAUCAUUGUUUGUACCUCAGGAAAAUAUUCAUCAAUUUACCGAUGUAUGGUAUACUCAUGACACUCUAUCAUACCCGACAGUGCUUACGUUAAUGUAUACACAUAGUAUUACUAUAAUAGCUUUGUUUGUGAUAAUAGCCUCAAUUAUGACAUAUUUGCUAAGAAAACAUAAAUAUCUAAAAUACGGCCAAUCACUGUUGAGGGGAAGUGUCAAAUGAGAAAGCUAUUAUAUAGAGGGACAAUGUCAAAAUGCUUAUUCUGUCUGAUACAGUGUAGGAUUAUUCCUUUUCUGCAAAAAAUAUGAAAGGAGUAAUUGUAGUCUGUAGUCAAUAUAUUUACUCAUUUACUCAUCAUACCUUGGUAAUCUAAUAUGCCUGUAUGUGUCAAGCAUUUAAACUAGAUUAAUAAAUAAAGACCACUAACACUGGUGAUCCACUCGAUUACGAUGGUUACCGAAACGGUUCGUUUCGAUAACAAAAUGUCGGAACAUCAAAGGUAUGAUUUUUCUUUUUCCCUUAUUUCACACGUUGUAGGCAGAAUUCCCACAACAUUUUUAUCACGACAUGUAUCAGUGUUAUGUGUAUAAGAAAAUGUACAUAUUUGCGAACAAAUAGUUCAGAAGGCAACAAAAUCGUCGAUUUAAUUUUUAUGUAACUUAAAGGGUUCCGAUUAGCAUCCCGUAUAAAAACAAUAUGGCGGCUCCAGGCGAAUCAACCGGAUCAGUCCAUUUUUAAGAAAUAAGGGGAGUUCUGUAAAAUCCAGUUUAUUGAAAUUGUCUUUGAGAUAAAGUAAUCCGUUUAUAAUGAUUUUGAAAACGUUAUCCAGAGAGUGAUUGCGUUCAAAGAAUACAUGUACAACAGCCAAUAUAAAUCCUUGUAUUAGAAACCGGUUUGUCUUGCUUUGUUUCAUUUGUAGGAUAUUUCAUAUGCCAAGCUGUGUGCUGUUACGUUAUGGGGAAACUUAGAUGCCAAUUUUUCCUUAUUAUACACAAAUAGAAGAUCCUGAAACUUCACCCAUAAAUGUGGAAUUGAUUUGUCAAAAUAAAAAUCACCAUUUUAUAAAUGUGUGACGAUCUAUAAUAUACUUAUGCUAUAUAACAGUUAGAGGUGUUGACACAACAACCUCGAACCUGUGAACCCUUGAGUAUUAUUCCGGGAUUGGGCCUUUUAU